AUGGAGGCUUGGGAUGCGUGGGCGCUCGAGGCGAUGCCUCGUGCGUCCGAGCUAGCGCAGGGGGAGUCGAUCAUAACGACGCAGGCGGGAGUGGGCCUGUACGAUGGCGAUGCCAAAGUGGCGCAGCGCAAUGCUGGGACACUGAUUCUAACGACCCACCGUUUAGGGUACUUGGACACGAAAGCGCCGCAGGCUCACUCAGCGUAUGUACGCCUCGCGCUCAUACGUCAGACCGAGCACUACUCGGGCUUUUUACGUUCCAGUCCCAAGGUAGUGCUGACGUGCCAACUGGAAGAGCGUGUACCAUGGACGUGUCAUGUAUGUGGCACGUUUCACACUGUGGCUGCCCUCGACGGACGAUGUACCAAGUGUGGUGUCACAGCCUCAUCACCCUCGCCCACAGAGCGCACUUGUCGAGCCUGCACGUACCGUAACUCAGCGUCAGCAUCGCGGUGUGAUAUAUGCGGUACGUCACUACAACCUGCCUCCAAACGCGUGGUGUGCAAACUCAGCUUUCGACAAGGUGGUGACAACCCAUUCUAUGCAUGCCUCCGAGAUACCCUGCAACAAAAGGCGUGGACAAAAACGGUGGAGCGCGCUGCCCCGGGUCUGAUGCUCGUUGAUGCAGCCAAGGGGAUGACGCCCGUACCUACGCCACCCACCGACGCGCUCGCCGAUUUGGAAGCGCUCAUGCGCCGAGCGCGACAAAUGGUCGACUUGGCCGCCUCGCUACGUACGCAGCUGGAACGGCGAGAACGUGCAAUGGCCGAAGCUGGCCGAACAGACGAUAAUGAAGAGGCAAGUAUGCUCCAAUCCGCACUCGUUCAACUUGGCUUGGCUGCGCCAGCGGUAACACCAGAUAUGGUACGCAAUGAGCGCGAGUACCACAAGGAGCUGGCCUGUGAGCUGGGCAGCGUCUUGCUUGGCCAGCAAGGACUCCUUGGCCCAGGAUGCGUCGUGCGUGAUGGCCGCAUACCGUCUACGACGUACAGCGAUACCGGCCGUGGUAUUUUGCCUUUGGACGAAGUGUGGGGUUUGUGGAAUCGAGCACGAGGCGUUGCUCUGGUCUCGCCCAAGACGAUGCGAGCCGCAACGGUGUUCCUUCCGCAGGUGACAUGGCCGCGUGUGGAUGUGCGUACGCUGCCCUCUGGCUUGAUGGUGCUCCAUACGCCGCGCUUUGCUUCGGAAGCGUUCGAGGCACGUGUGUUGGCGUACUUGGACGCCGUGCAGCCGGAAGGACGUAGCACCGCGGACCACUAA